AUGGCGCUGAUGCAAGGCGGAGGUGCGAAGGGCCCGGGCGAGCGCAAGCUCUGGGACAACUUCCCUGAGGGCUUGCGCGUCAUGGUUGUGGACGACGACCCACUCUGCCUCAAGAUUAUCGACACAAUGCUCAAGCGCUGCAAGUUCAAGGUCACCACCUGCUCGAACGGCCUUGAAGCUUACAGCAUGCUCAAGGCGAACCAGGAUAGCUUCGACAUCUGCUUGUCGGAUGUGCACAUGCCGGACAUGGACGGCUUCCGGCUUCUCGAGCUCAUCGGUCUGGAACUCGACAUGCCGGUGAUCAUGAUGUCCGCGGACGACAACGAGAAGCUGGCGCUCAAGGGGGUGAUGCACGGGGCGGUCGACUUCAUGCUCAAGCCCGUGGAGUUCAAGACGAUCAAGAACAUAUGGCAGCACGUCAUGAGGAGGUACAUCGACAACGGGCCGGGCAACGCCGAGGAGGAGAACUCGGACAACAACGGCAACGCCGCCACUGCGCCAGACGCGCACAUGGCCGAGGCGCCUCCGACGUCCGCGCCGGCGACGCGGUCCGCGGAGAAGGCCACGGGCAGCGGGUCGUCCGGGCAGCAGCCCCCCGCCGUGCCCACGCGCACCAGCCAACGCACCGCGAGCCGCAACGAGCGCGCCGAGCGCGACAGCGCGAGCGGCUCCGGCGGGAACGUCCACGGCGCGGGCCACGACGGCCCCGCGGUGACGGGCAAGCGCGGCAAGGACCGCAGCACGACGGAGAACUCGCACGAGACGCCGCGCGCUGCAGCGGUGGUGGUGCACACCACGACCACCGCGGGCGACGGCGGGCGCGCGCGGCAGCAGACGAAGAAGCCGCGCGUCGUGUGGACGGUCGACAUGCACCAGAAGUUCGUCGACGCCGUCAACCAGCUCGGCGUCGACAAGGCCGUGCCCAAGCGCAUCCUGGCGUUGAUGAACGUCAAGGGCCUGACGCGGGAGAACGUGGCGUCGCACCUGCAGAAGUACCGGCUGUACCUGAAGCGCGUGCAGGGCGUGCCCGGCGGCAGCUCCCGCGGGCGGAACACGGGGGUGUGGUCGCUGGUGCCGACACCAACGCAGCAGCAGCAGCAGGGGGGGAACGCGGGCGGGCAGGGGGGCGACGGGGCGGCGGGUGGCGCGGACGCGGGGAAGCAGGCGGGCGGGACGGGGCAGCAGGCGGGCGGGGGCGCGGCGCCGCCGCCGUCGGGGCAGAUGCUGCCGGCCAGCAUGGCGAUGGCCAACAUGGCGGCGCCGGUGCACGUCCAGGGGAUGUCGAGCCAGGCGAUGAUGAUGCCGGGCGCCGGGAUGAUGGCCGGGGGGCCGCAGGGGAUGCACGGGCACAUGGGCGGCAUGGUCCCGAUGUCGAUGGGCCCGAUGGGUAUGAACAUGAACAUGGGGAUGAAUAUGAAUAUGGGGAUGCCGAUGAGCAAUAUGAACAACAUGAACAUGGGCGGGGGGAUGUCGGCGCCGGGCAUGAUGCCCAUGGGGCACCAGGGCGGCAACAACAUGCCGCAGGGCAACGUGCAGCAACAACACAUGGGGGGCAUGGGCAACUUCGGGGAGGCUGGGACGAGCGGACAGGGGCCCAUGCAGUCGGCGGGCGACCUCGGCGGCUUCGGCGACAUAUCCCUCGGCGAGCUCGGGUCCCCCGGGAAGCUCGCCGGCGACGGCGGCCUGCAGGGCGACGAUCUGCACAUGGACGACAUCAUUUCGUCCUUCCUGCAAGACGAGAAGGGCGACGCGGCGGGACUUGGCCUACUCUAA